ACGAUGGCGCAGCCACCACUGCGGCUCCCAGCUCGUGGCUCCCGGGACCCCCCGGUUUUUGGGCUCCUGCAGCCCCUACAGCCAUUCAUGCUCCCCCAGAGCUUCUGCCCCCCAGGCUCAGCCCCCCGGUGCCCACUGCCCGGGCAGGAGCAGCCCUUCCCCGCAGCCUGGGCACCCCCGGCGGGGGGGGCACCCCCGGCCCCCCAGGCCCCACCAGCAGGGCUGCAGAGAGCACCAUGCGGCUGCUGGUUCGACCCGCGGGUGUUCCAGUACCAGUGGGCCAUGCCCUACGGCCACCAGGGCACAGCGGUGGCCCCAACCCCUGUGUUGAUGCUGACGCCCAUCCCCGGCUACCAGCACAUCCAGGGGCAAUGGGCACAGCCCUACAGUUCCAGCACGGCCACCGCCGCGGGGACACCUGGCGUCAGGAACAUCCCCGGGAGGAGCAGCAACGUCCCCACCAGCUCCUCUGCUGCUUCCCAGUACCAAGCCCAGGAAGACCCAGCAGCGCUCCAGGAUGUCACCGAGGAGAUGCUGCUAGAAGAGGCCCAUCGGCUCUUUGGUGUCUCCCGGGAUGCCGUGGGGGUCACUGAAGACGGUUCCAGCAGCGGCCCCCCAGCUCCUGACCCUGCGGAGCCUGGGGACCUGGGAGCCAGCCUGGGCAUUUCUGAUGAGGAGCUGAUGGAGGAGGCCCUGCAGCUCCUCGGAUGCCCCCCGGCCACGGGGCAGCUCUGCCAGACUGGUGCCAGCAGCAGCCCCACGUCUGGGGACACUGGGGACACACAAGGACACGAGACUCUGGUGGCCCCAGCUUCGCCCCUGCUGCCAAAGCCUGACACCACCUAUGGGCACGAGGGGCCACUGCGACCACUCAACAUCUGCAGCACGGCCACCACCGUGGGGACACUGCCAGGCAGCACCAGCCCCCUGGGCAGCACCAGCCCCCCCAGCACCUCUGCUGCCCCCCACCACACAGCUCCUGGGGACACGGUGGGACACGGUGUCGCUGUCCAAGAGGUGCCACUGGAGGAGGCCCUCGAGAUCUUCGGCUGGUCCCUGGACGUGCUGGGGGUGGCCCAGGACACUCCCGCCAGCAGCCCCAGGCCAGGGGAGCAGCGGGGGCAGAAGCGGGGGCAGAGCCCCUCGGCAGAGCCCCCCAGCAAGCACAGGGCUCUGGCAGCGAGCAGGGGGGUGGGAGGGGGGAAUUAG